UAAGACGUUCAUGUGACCGAACCUCGCCAUGGAGGAACAGCAGAGAAUCGAUCUGACCUACGUCACUGAACGCAUCAUCACCAUAUCCUGUCCGCCUGAAUGUCCAGAGGAGAUCUACCUGCAAAAUCUGCAGGAGAUUAUUGCCAUGCUGCAGUCAAAGCACGGACACAACUACAUGCUCAUCAACCUCUCACAGAAGAAUGACACUCUGAGCCAAAUGAAUCACAAGGUUCUGGACACAGGUUGGGUGGAUCUCUUGGCUCCCUGCUUGGAUCAGCUCUUCACCGUUUGCACGGCGAUGGAGAACUGGCUGCAGACACAUCCGAAGCAUGUCCUGGUGUUACACUGCAGGGGAGGUAAAGGCCGGCUCGGAGUCCUGGUGUCCUCUUACAUCUUCUUCAGCAACAUGUCAUCCAGUGCAGACCUUUCUCUCGACCACUUUGCCAUGAGGAGGUUCUACAACGACAAACUGUCCGCUCUGAUGACCCCCUCCCAAAAAAGGUACGUGUGGAUGCUGGGGUCGAUCUUAAGGCGAGGGCUGAGGAUGUCUCCUUCUCCGACGUUCCUCCUCUGUGUUGUUCUUCACAGUGUUCCCAGAUUAAGUCCAGACGGAGGUUGUUGUCUCUUCCUGAGAGUCUACCAGAGUCUACAAGCUAUUUGCACGUCAGCAGUGUACCAUGUUAAUGCCGCUCAGACAGACCAGCUCUACUUUGUGCUGCAGCCAGCUCAGCUCCUCAAUGGGGACAUCAUGGUGGUGUGUUAUGAUAAGCAACGCCGCUCCUCCAGCCGCCAGGUCGUCUUUCGCCUCCAGUUCCAUACGGGCCUCGUACACGGACACACCCUCACUUUCUCCAAGGCGGAGCUGGACGUAGCCAGUGGAGAUCCUCGGUUCCCAGAAGAUGGCAAAGUGGAGCUGUUCGUCUCUGACAGCCCAGAAAAGAUCACAGGCAGAGAGCUGUGGCACAACGGACGCUGCGUGACAGUGGACUAUGACACCUUGGACCCUCUGGUCAGACGAGAUUCAUAUCAGGACGCGUCGUCUCCGGAGACGGGAGCUCCACUUCAUGUUUUGGACCCUGGACAUGGAUGUUUAUACUCCAGAGUGAGGAAGAAGAGCAGAGAGGAAGGAGCGUCGUUCAGCCCGAGCUGCAGUGAGCGCGCUCCGUCCGCCAGCAGCGACUCGGGCCUGUCAGUCGCCUCGCAGGGCCGCACCGGGGCUCCACAGAGGAGAGGGGCUGCGGGGGAGAAGAGCACCCAGGCGGGGAAGCUAUUCCCUGGGCUGGACUUUGAGAUCGCUCAGCCUCUUCUGGAGGUCAUGACAGAGCUGGCUGCGGUCGGGGCAGGAGGGGAGUGGCAGAUGGCUGGAGAUGAGUCUGGAUUGGGACACACCCUAAACGGAGGGGCUUCAUCCAGCGAGAGGGAGACGGAUAUUUUAGAUGAUGAAGAUGAAGUGGACAGUGUGGCAGCUCCACCUUUAGAGAUGCCGAGCUCCAGCAGCAUGUGUUCUCUCUCCUCUGAGGUCCUACAUGAGACUCACAGCGAGUACUCCACACACUCCUGGGUCCGCACGCAGCAGGUGGUCGACGUCAAUGCUGACUCCUAUCUUAAAGUCGACGGAGAGGAGAGGUUAAACGGUGUGAGGAAACAGGGACCUCCACCUUUGGUUGCUCCUCACACUCCACCUCGCGGAAUCAGCAGCAGGGCGGCGCUGCAGAGAGGACCGGUGGACGAGGCCACAGAUGUUACUCACACGUCUUCUUCUCAAGAGGACGACUUGGCGUCUUUAACGAUAGACGUUGACGAGUCCAUAGAGCAGCUGAACCAGCUCAUUUUGGAUUUGGACCCGACCUUUGUUCCUGUUCCGACCCACUGUUCCCCCCUGUCCCGCUCCGCCUCUCUACAAACCAACGGCCUCAGCUACACAGGAAAUACUCACCUGUCAGGCUGGAGGCAGAAGAAGCAGGUCAGUGAUCUGGUCGACUACGCUGGAUUAAAUAGUCCAGAAUGGAAAGGAGGAGGAGGAGGAGGAGGAGGAGGAGGAGGAGGUGGUCAGAGCUUCAGAGGAUCCCCGGUCUACAGUUCUACCUCCUCACCUUCUCAGCAUGGCCUCCCCUACAAAACCAACAGCGUGGACUAUCGGGGGCACACAGACAGCUCUGACAUCGUCCCCUCGACCCCGUCCUUCCCCGUGUCUCCUCCGACGCCGUACGUGAAACAUUUCUCAGAGUUUUCCCAGAUUCGCACCGGAGGGCAGUGGGAACAACACAACUGGACACAAGAUUCCCGGAGCUUCCUGGACAGUAUGAACCACGCCGGCGGCCCCGCAGAGGGAGAGCGGUUCAGAUCAGACGUGUCGGUCACGCCCGCUUCCUGUCAGAGGAUCUUUGGCUCCAUGUGCUCCGUGUCAUCAGACAGCCCCCUCCCACACACAGACAGCUCCACUCCUCCUCCCGUGUGGCACGACCGGACUCCAAACUCGCUUAACUCCCCGUUCCCCCCCCAGCCCUCCCCUCCUCUCUCCCUCAGUACUCCCAAUGCCCACAGCUCUCCCCGGGGGGCUCUGAGGGGUCUGGAUGGAGAUCCUGGGGUCGCCAGGGAAACCGACAGCAUGGACUUGUCCUCGUUGUUGUUGUUUGGGAACGGCGGCCUGGAGCACAGCCUGCUGGAGGCCGUGGAGGGCCUCGGGGGCCUGAACCUCAUGGGGGAUGGGGGCCUCCCUCCCCUGCUGCCUGAGAAGAGGAGAGUGGGUGAUGUGGGCGAGCUCGGCUCCCGCUCCCCGACUCUGAGCGGGUUUUCCAGCCCUCACAGCAGCAGCAGCCUCAGCAUCCCGUUCUCCUCCCCCAUGACUCCCGACCCCCUCAGAGGACUGAGCGGGGCCCCGUCACCUGGAGCAGACUUUGGCAGUAAGCAGGACACUGUGAAGUUUGUUCAGGACACUUCCAAGUUCUGGUACAAGCCCGACAUCUCCAGAGAGCAGGCCAUCGCGGUGCUGAAAGACAAAGAGCCGGGCUCGUUCAUCGUCAGAGACAGUCACUCGUUCAGGGGGGCGUAUGGACUGGCAAUGAAGGUGGCCACACCGCCGCCCUCUGUGCUACAACAGAGUAAGAAAGUAGGAGAUCUGUCCACCGAGCUGGUGAGACACUUCCUGAUCGAGUGCACGCAGAAAGGAGUUCGUCUGAAGGGAUGCCCCAACGAGCCAUACUUUGGAAGUCUCACUGCUCUGGUGUGUCAACACUCCAUCACCCCGCUGGCUCUGCCCUGUAAACUCAUACUGCCUGACAGAGACCCUGUGGAGGAGCUGACUGACACGUCUGCACAAACAUCAACAAACUCAGCAGCUGAGCUCCUCAAACAGGGUGCAGCGUGUAACGUGUGGUACCUGGGCUCUGUGGCUCUGGAGUCUCUGACCGGACACCAGGCGGUGCAGAAGGCGACCACGAUGACGCUCUCCAUGGACCCGCCACCCGCCUCCACCGUGGUCCACUUCAAAGUGUCGGCUCAGGGCAUCACACUGACCGACAACCAGAGGAAGCUGUUCUUCAGGAGACACUACGCUGUCAACACGGUCAUCUUCUGCUCUCUGGACCCUCAGGGCAGGAAGUGGACAAGAGACAGCGGCUCCACUGCAAAGAUCUUUGGAUUCGUAGCCAGGAAAUCCCAGAGUGAGACUGACAAUAUGUGCCAUCUGUUUGCCGAGCACGACCCCGAGCAGCCGGCGAGCGCCAUCGUCAACUUCGUCUCAAAAGUCAUGAUCGGAUCGCACAAGAAGUGAAGAGAACUGAAAAGAAAAAACUCACUUCAAAGUAAAAGAUUCACCUGGACUGAGACUGAGAAACUACAAACCAACACACUCCAGAACCCGGUCUUUUAGGGGCUCCAUCCUGCAGAAUAAACUUGUGUAUUUUGUACUGACUGCACUGCAAGAUGCCGCCACUAGAGGGAGCCGAGACUGUCAUGUAUAAAGUUGAACUCAUUUUCCCUGAGGCUCUACUUGAAGAGACAUCCAUGGAAAUGUUUGUAAAAAGUGUAUAAAGUCACACACGUCCUGUCCCUGAGGAUCUGGUGUCAAAACUACAUUUUGUCACAUUAUCAGAGUUUUAUCUCUACAUGUUGAACAUCACACUGUCCUUGGCUGUCAGACUUGGCGAGUAUAAAACAUUUACUUCUGAUUAAACCUGCAGAGAAUCAAAUAUUUUGAUGAAAAACAGAUAUAUUUAUGUAUAAAUGUGGUUCUGAAGCCUUUCCUUUUAAUCAACAAUUUUUGUGCAAACCAGUACAGAGCGAUCAAUACUGUUGUGGUGGCGUCGUGCUUCAGAUGGAUUUAUCGUGUUGUGUUUAUAGUAUUUAUCCCUUUCUACAGAUGUGUAAAAGUCUUUCUUCAUUGUCAUAUAUUUUUGUAUAUUAACACAUACUGUACAUUAAGAUUAAAGGCGGUGUACCUCUGA